AUGCCUGCUGUUGAGCCUAUUCGCAAUUUCUUUGCUGCUCUUUUCCUUGCCAGCAUUGGGAUGCUUAUCCACGUUCAUUUCCUUUGGAAUCACAUCGACAUUUUAAUAGCAGCUGUUAUAUUGGUGAUUGUUGUAAAAACUAUUUUGGUUGCUGCUGUAGUCAAAGGAUUUGGAUAUAGCAACAAGACUUCACUGCUUGUUGGCAUGUCUUUGGCACAAAUUGGAGAAUUUGCUUUUGUUCUUCUAAGCCGUGCAUCUAAUCUUCAUCUAGUCGAG